ACACCAAAGAGCCACGGGAUUUUUACGCAGCGCAAAAACGACGCAGAAGCGGGAAUGAGUACUACGCGGGGUUACGUGCUUCUCCAGGACCCAUACUCGUCUUGAUAAGAGAUUGGACCAAACGAGAUUGUCCAUGAUAUUUUUAAAAAGAAGGGCGCAAAGGUGGAGCGGGUAGAAGGAGCUCAUGACGGGACUAUUCAUCCUGUUAGUGCAUCAGACGCACCGCAGGGUUUUGGAAACGUUUGGAUGGAAACCUUUGAGAUUGCUUUUGGUUUUAUACGAAACUGCUGAGUAGUCACGAGAGGGAUAGAGGACUUCUUCAAACUACAUUUUCUGGAGUAUUACUGUUUGUUUGUUUUUUUCUAUAGCGCAGAGUGUUUGGCAUGGGCGCUUUGUGAAUUUCCGCAAACUCUUUCUAAAUCUUUUUUCUUCUCCAAGUAUUUCUACAUCUAAAUGGAAUUAGUUGGACCUGAAGCGGUUUGUGAAAGGAAUAGACAUGGUACAUGGACACAGCUUCCAUCGCGUUGUUGCUGUAAGUCUUCUCAUACUGGGGUUGUCUGGGGCAACAAAGAAGGAACUUGCAGUGAAAAACAAUUCUGGAGUGAAGCCCGCGGGUCAGUGUGGGACAUGGGUGAAAGAACCAGAUGGAGGACUGUUCACUUCACCCAAUUACCCCAACAAAUACCCCCCAGACACCGAGUGCGUUUACAUCCUUGAAGCUCCGCCAAGACAAUGCAUCGAUCUACACUUCGAGGAGAAUUACUCAAUCGAAUCCUCUUGGGAAUGUAAAUUUGACAACAUCGAAGUCAGGGAUGGACCUUUUGGCUUCAGCCCCAUGCUUGGACGCUACUGCGGGCAACAAAGUCCCCCCGACAUCAGAAGUAGUGGGAGAUACCUGUGGAUAAAGUUUGUCACGGACGGGGAGCUGGAAGCGGUUGGAUUUUCAGCGAGUUACAACUUCACCGCAGAUCCAGACUUCUCCGACCUGGGUGUCCCUCCACCUCUGCCCUCGUGUCAGUAUGAUAUGGUGGGACCAGAGGGGAUAGUGGAGUCACAUCAGAUCACCAGGGAUGGAAAGGCUGGGGCCACUGAGGCUGUGGACUGUAAAUGGUACAUCCGAGCGCCGCCCAGGUCCAAGAUCUACCUUCGUUUCCUGGACUAUGAGAUGGCUAACUCAAACGAAUGCAAGCGUAACUUUGUGGCGGUGUAUGAUGGAGGCAGCUCAGUGGAAGACCUCAAGAGUAAGUUCUGCUCCACUGUUGCCAACGACAUCAUGCUGGUGUCCACUCUGGGGGUCAUCCGCAUGUGGGCGGACGAGGCCAGUCGAAAGAGCCGAUUCCGCAUCCUCUUCACCACCUACCAAGAGCCUCCUUGUGAUGCCGAUGCCUUCUUCUGUCACAGUAACAUGUGCAUAAACAACACUCUGGUGUGUAACGGGAUGCAGAACUGCGUCUACCCCUGGGAUGAGAACCAAUGUAAAGAGAAAAGAAAAGCCAACAUCCUGGACAACCUGAACAACACAAAUGGCACCAUCAUCGGGGUGACCUGCUGCAUCGUGCUCCUCCUCCUCAUCGUGUCCGUCAUCGUGCAGAUCAAACAGCCUCGUAAGAAGUACAUUUUGCGCCGUGAGGACUUCGACCCCACCCUUUUUCAGGAGGUGUUUGAGCCGCCCCACUACGAGCUGUGCACUUUACGCUCCACCACCUCGGCCGCAGCAGCCUCCGCAGACCUGGUGGACCUGGCCGAGGACUUUGAGAACUACCACGCCCUGAGAAGAGCCUCCUCCAGGUGUGUCCACGAUCACCACUGCGGCUCCUCCUCCAACCCGGGAUCAGCGCAUUUCUCCCAGUUGUCCCUGAGCGGCAGAGGCAGCAGAGGGAACCUAAGUACCCGAGAGGCGACCACUCUGCUAACGGACCUCCCGCAGGCCCCCAUGUCAGUGCGCCCCCUGUUGCCCAGUACGGGGAACCGCAGAAGCAUCCUGGUCAUGAAGCACAGCUACUCGCAGGAGGCAGCGGACAAUGGCUGCGACCUGGACGACGACAUGGAGGAAGUGCCCACCACCAGCCACCGGCUCUCACGCCACGAGAAGGCCGUGCAGCGAUACUUCAGACAGGUGCAACAUUCCUCUGCUUCUUGCCAAGUCUGACUGCACUCGGAGCUAAACCUUUUCUCUCUUUGUGCAUCUUGAAUGAACUUUUCCUCUGUAGAGAAUGUGUGCAAUGACUUGUUUCAGUGGGACUGCAGAGAUGCAUAACUGUGAAUGGCUUCAGGAGUGAUGAGCCAUGGGACAAUGAUUAUUUAGAUGUGGGACAAAGAAAUUUACAAUACCUUUAAUGUAGACGAUAAGAAAUUAUCAGGUUUUUGAAAUACAUUUUACUAUCAUGAAUAGCAUAAAUGAUCACAUUUCUAUUAUUAUUUUUAUUAUGACAUGAGAUAUUAACACAACACUGUUGUGGAGAUUGAUGGUACUGUCAAUGAUUAAGGGUUUUUAUUCUGUUUCAGCUACUAACCUUUUGUUAGCCAUUUGUUUAUCAGUUACUUUUUCUGGUCCCUAUCUCUUUGCAUUGUGGUGCUUCUAGUUCUUUGCAUAAUGAUUUGAUAUCACAUUAAGAAAUGCUGGACCGAAUGUUGUUUUUUUUUAAUAAAAAAGAAUGUUUAUG